GGAAGCCGGUUCUGACAGGUGACCGGAACCGAAAGCACUGAGAGAGAAAAUGAGUUCAUCAGGGAAGAGAAGAGCAAGACCAAACAGAGGGGGAGGAAGAGGAGGAAAAGGAAGGGGAGGAGGUGGUGGUGGUGGUGGUGGUAGACCCAGCAAACAUCAAGCCAGUGGCAGCAAAAAAGGCUCAGACAAAAUCUGGGAUGAUGAUGACGAUUUCUGCGUUUUCAGCGAAGCAAAAGAUAUAACCAGACCUGUUAGCAGAGGAUAUGGACAGACCAGACAUGAAUCCAAGAGCAAGAUGCCACUACAGACUCUGCAUAUGACUUCAGAGAAUCAGAAGAGGGUGAAAGAACUUCUCCGUGAGCUCCAAGGGCAAGACCUGAUUGCUGGUUCAGAGACGCUUGUAUCAGGCGAAGAUGAUUAUGAUGAAGCAGAUUACUUGGAUGACGGGCAGUGUUUGUCAGAUGGCCAAGCAGUUUCUAAAACUAGCACAAGUACUUUCUUUCAGGCACCUGUGAACCACGUUCCAGAGGUUGAAGUGUCUUUGUUUGCUGUGCAUAAACUUUCCAGGUACGGUUUUGAGAGUGAGCGUUGCCGAGCAAUGCUGCAAUCCUGUAAUGGUAACAUUGGGGCAUCCCUGGAGCGCUUGCUGUUGCAGUGCUUCUCAGAAAAAUUUGGAGAGAAGAUGCAGAUCACAGAAGCUGCUGCUCAGGCCAGUACUGAAGACUGUUUGGAACAAAGGCAAGAGGAGGCUUUUGCCCUGCAUUCAAUCUGCGGAGACAAAUUUGUGGAAAGAAUUCAAAACAGAGUUUGGACUAUUGCAUUAGACUUGGCGUACCUAACGGAGAUUCUUAGCAAGCCAAAACAAGGGAGCAGCAAUGGGCUAAAGUCAGCUCCCCUGGAAAUCUGCAAACAUUAUCUUCGAGGAGACUGCAGAUUUGGAUCGAGAUGCAAGUUCAAGCAUGAAACUCCACACAAGCAAAGAACCCUUCCUUGCGUUAGAGAAGAUGCUCACCUCAUCUCAAGUCCUGUAUAUGAACUGGAAAUAAGAUUUCCUGAGGGCAACAAAUACCCCUAUCAGCCACCCCUUGUGGCCUUCUAUUCUACUAACGAGAACUUGCCCUUGUCUUGUCGAUUGCACAUUGCUGAAUUCCUUUACGAAAAGGCCUUAAUGUCAUCUGAGUCUAACGAACCUGUUAUUUAUGCUUUUAUAACAUGCUUAGAGGACGAAGCUGAAGUAACAAAAUUGCUUAGUGAGACUUCCCACAAAUACAGCGUUCCUCCCUUGGCUCUGAUGCCACCCCUGGCAAGGACACUAGAAGAUGUGGAUAAGCAAGUGCUUCCUAAUAGCUCACAUCUUUCAUAUCAGAUUUCAGAAGCAACAAAGGAGUUGGCGACCGAAGAGGAGGACGAUGAGGAAGAGGAGUUACAGACAGUUCAUGUAGAGACGGAAAGUUAUGUGAACCUCAAAAAGAAGCUUUUAAGAAAGUACAGCACACCAGCAAAACCCAUUUGCAAAGAAAAUUUAAGAAUUUGCAAACAGUUCAGCAUAAAGAAGUCCUCUAGGCACUACCAGACCAUGUUGCAUGAACGACAGAAGCUUCCUGCAUGGGAAGAGAGAGAAACCAUUCUUGACUUGCUAAACAAAUAUCAGGUCCUGGUUGUGAGUGGUAUGACUGGAUGUGGAAAGACCACACAGAUUCCUCAGUUUAUCUUGGAUUCCUCACUAGAAGGUCCUCCCAGUAAGUUAGCCAACAUCAUCUGCACCCAGCCUCGCAGGAUUUCUGCCAUCUCUGUGGCUGAACGUGUAGCCAAGGAGCGAACGGAGAGAAUUGGGGUCACAGUUGGAUAUCAGAUCCGUCUAGAAAGCGUCAUGUCCUCAGCUACCCGGCUGUUGUACUGUACGACUGGAGUGCUUUUGAGAAGGUUAGAAGGGGACAUGAGUUUAGAAGGAUUCACACAUGUUAUUAUUGAUGAAGUUCAUGAGAGAACAGAAGAAAGUGACUUCUUGCUGCUCGUUUUGAAGGAUAUAAUGUUUCAGAGGCCGGACCUGCGCAUUAUUCUCAUGAGUGCUACCCUGAAUGCAGAACUUUUUUCUCAGUACUUUAACUCCUGUCCUAUUGUUAACAUACCAGGUAGGACGUUUCCUGUGGAUCAGUUUUUUCUGGAAGAUGCAAUUGAAGUGACUCGCUACGUCUUGGAGCAUGGUAGUCCAUACAUGCGCAGUGCAAAGCAAGCUCCAGGCCAGAAAGCGAGACACUUGAGGACUGCUGCAGAGGAAGUAGAGGAGGACCUAAGGCGUUCUGGCCUGGUGCAGAGUCCAGCCGUGACGGUCAAGGAUUCCGUCCCAGACCAGCAACUGACGUUCCAACAGCUGCUGUUACGCUACAAAGGGAUCAGCAAAUCAGUAUUAAAAACAAUGGCAACCAUGGAUCUAGACAAAGUUAAUCUUGAAUUAAUUGAGGCCUUACUGGAGUGGAUUGUCAGUGGCAAACAUUCGUAUCCACCAGGUGCAGUACUGAUAUUUCUGCCCGGCCUGGCAGAAAUUAAAACUCUGUAUAAACAAUUGCAGUCCAAUGCACUCUUCAACAACCGGCACAGCAAACGCUGUGUUGUUUAUCCACUCCAUUCCUCACUUUCCAGCGAGGAACAGCAGUCUGUGUUCCUUAAGCCUCCUAUAGGGGUCACCAAGAUCAUCAUAUCUACAAACAUUGCAGAAACCUCCGUUACCAUUGAUGACGUGGUCUAUGUGAUUGAUUCGGGGAAGAUGAAAGAAAAGAGGUACGAUCCAAGCAAAAGCAUGGAAAGCCUGGAAGAUACGUUUGUGUCCAAAGCCAAUGCCUUGCAACGGAAAGGGCGAGCAGGUCGCGUCGCCUCGGGGGUUUGCUUCCACCUCUUCAGUAGCCAUCAUUAUAGUCACCACCUUUUAAAGCAGCAGCUCCCUGAAAUACAAAGAGUGCCUUUGGAACAGCUCUGUCUCAGAAUUAAGAUUUUGGAAAUGUUCUCCACGCAUAGCCUUCAUUCGGUUUUAUCUCGACUGAUCGAGCCCCCAACUGCUGAAUCGCUACGUGCGUCAAAGCUGCGGCUGCAGGAUGUUGGAGCCUUAAGUUCUGAUGAAAAGCUCACUCCCUUGGGGUAUCAUCUGGCUUCCUUGCCUGUUGAUGUAAGGAUUGGGAAGCUAAUGCUCUUCGGCACCAUCUUUCGCUGUCUGGAUCCUGCGCUGACAAUAGCAGCAAGCAGGGCCUACAAGUCGCCUUUUGUUUCUCCAUGGGACAAAAGAGAAGAGGCAUUCAAGAAAAAGCUGGAAUUUGCAAUAGGAAACAGUGACUAUCUGGCUCUUCUCCAAGCAUAUAAGGGAUGGCGCCUGGCUUCAAAGGAGAGUUUUCAAGCGGGUUACAGAUUUUGCAGAGAAAACUUCUUGUCGGAAAAUGUUCUUCAGGAAAUGGCCAGUUUAAAAAGGCAGUUCACUGAACUGUUGUCUGAUAUUGGAUUUGUGAAAGAAGGACUCAGAGCCAGGGAUAUCGAGAGGAGGUGGUCUCAAGGAGGAGAUGGCGUUCUUGAAGCUACAGGAGAAGAGGCAAAUGCCAAUGCAGAGAAUGUCAAGUUGAUAUCGGCCAUGUUAUGUGCUGCUCUGUAUCCCAAUGUAGUUCAGGUGAAAAUACCAGAAGGGAAGUAUCAGAAGACCAGUACAGGAGCUGUUAAAAUGAAACCAAAAGCUACAGAGCUGAAGUUUGUCACCAAAAAGGAAGGCUUUGUUCACAUCCAUCCAUCCUCUGUAAACUACCAGACAAGGCACUUUGACAGCCCCUACUUGGUGUACCAUGAGAUGAUUAAAACCAGCCGGGUGUUCAUUCGAGACUGCAGCAUGGUGUCCGUGUACCCAUUGAUUUUGUUCGGAGGAGGCCAUGUGAACGUGCAGCUCCAGAAGCGCGAGUUUGUUGUCUCCCUGGAUGAUGGGUGGAUUCGCUUUGUUGCAGCCUCACAUCAGGUGGCAGAACUAGUGAAAGAACUUCGCUGCGAGCUUGACCAGCUACUGCAGGAUAAAGUCAAAAACCCCAGCAUGGACCUAUGUACCUGCCCUCGAGGAUCUCGUAUCAUUAGCAUGAUUGUCAAACUUGUGACCACACAAUAGCAUCAUUCACGCAGGAUUUGUUUAAUACUCCUCAGCAGAAUAAGAGUGACUGAAGCAACACUGAUAUUUGUCAGUGUAGGAUGGAUUAUUGUACUGCUUUGACUGGAAGCUAAAAGGCUAUUAAAAGGGGCAAUUGAAAAAAUUGGAAUAGCCCUUAUGGUUUUAAUGGCGCUAGAGAAAUAUCUGCUUUUAAAAUCAUGGUUCAAAUUGAUACACACAUUUACAGAGAAACUUCCAUAUUUUAAUACAAAACUAUUUUCCCCGCGGAAGCACUCUUCUGUGAAGUAAGGAGUGAGAAAUUAUAGUUCUCACUCCAAUGAAAGAAGCUCCAAAGAUACAAUAUGCAAAAAUAAAUCAAUUCUGAUUUUUUUCUCAUUAUUUUUGUCCAAUAAAGUAGACCCUUUUUUUGUGACAAACUGAUGAUAUAUUAAUUUAGCCUUGCCCUUCUCCAGAAGGCAAGGUGCAAUAUUUGCUACAGCACCUGUGUGUGCAUUUUUCUAAAUCCUAAAAUGGAUCCUCUCAAGUUUCAGUAAACUUAAAUGUGUCCUGCUCUGAUCAAGAUAUUGAUGUAGCCUGCCAAAAUUCAAAUGAGAUGGAUAAGCAAACACUUUGUGAAUUAAUAUUUUUAGCACAAAACUGGUCUAGCCUUUUGUUUGUGAGCUAAAAUAUAUGGGUACACCCAGGGCUCCAGUUACAGCUUGUCAAAGCUCAUAGGAGUUCUCCCAUUCCUUCCCAAAGAGUUUAGGGGAAGAUUUCUUUUUCCUGAUUGAAAAUGUCUGGAGUACAUUUAGCUUCCUUGAGAUGAUGGUAGCUCUGCUUUUGUAACAGGGAAGUGUAACCAGCAUUUGCCAAAGUGAGGCUGAAGGUCAUACUGCUACGUCCCUGUCAGAGCACUGCCAACUCAUGAGUCUAUAUACAAGAUCCUGCACAGGGCAGAAAAGUGGUUGCAAAUAAAGUACAAGGUGGCUUAUUUUAGUACAGCCCAUUAUGCCUUGGGGACUUAAUCAGCCUGGCAGCUCUUGAUAGACAAGGAGUACAAUCUAUUUGCAUAGCACAAGCCUGCCAAAAUUAAGGGGAUGCCCCAUGAAUUUCAAUAAUACUUACAAGUGUUCACUAAGAUUUAAUUUUUUUUAAAGUAAUAGAACAGUAUUUUGUGGGAUGUUAGUAGAAGAAUGUAAAAUUGCUAUGACAAGUCUGCUUGUAACAAAUAGAUAUAACAACUUUGUCAUCUUGAAUGCUCUUUGGCUAGAGAUGCUAAUAAGUUUUAUAAAUAAACAAUGAUCUGUUGUUUAGAUCCUUA